AUGUACGAAGACAUGGGAGAUUUUCGGGUGCGACGUGUUCCUGCACAAGUUCGAGGCCGAGGCCGCUGGAGCCACGGCCUCGGGCGCCUGCGUGACCUUCGGCCUGAGGCUCGGCAAGGACGGGCGGCCCAGGCCGUGUCCGUAGCGAUGGUCGCGCCCGCAGGAGCUCAGAAGAACGCUCCCAACGGCAGGGUCUACUCCGGGAUGAUUAAGUCCUUCAACUCAGAGAAGGGGUUCGGCUUCAUCUCCUGCGAGGCCCUGCAGGAAGCGUUCGGCAGAGACGCGUUCCUCCACGCCAAUCAGAAGAGGGAUUUCCUUACUGGCGACCGGGUGAACUUCCAGAUCGACACAGACGCCAAGGGAUUCCCGAAGGCCCGUGAUCUGACGGAGGCCGGGGCAUCCCCGGGCGGGGCAGGUCGAGGAGGGCGCCGGCCUCCCGCGCAAGGCCACGAGACGGACCGUCUCGCCCGGCGGCACCGAGCGGGCGGCCCCCGUGAAGGCCGAGAACGGCGACGGCGACGACGCCGCCGGCGACGGCGCCGCCGGCGACGGAGUCGCGGGAGACGGCGCUGCCGCUGGCGACGACGCCGCCGGCGACGGCGCGGCUGGCGGCUGC